AUGAAGAAGAGUGAGAGUGGUGGAUAUGUGAGAGCAGAUCAAAUAGAUCUCAAGAGUUUAGAUGAACAAUUACAGAGGCAUCUUAGUAGAGCAUGGACUAUGGAGAAGAAGAAUAAGGAGAAAGAAGAUGAAGGGGGUGAAGUUAUAGGAAGGUCUUCUUCUAAUACUAGACAAGAAUGGGAGAUUGAUCCUUCUAAACUUAUCAUCAAAACUGUCAUUGCUCGUGGCACUUUUGGUACUGUUCAUCGCGGUGUUUAUGAUGGCCUAGAUGUUGCUGUUAAGCUUCUUGAUUGGGGGGAAGAGGGACAUCGGUCAGACGCCGAAAUAGCUUCAUUGAGAGCGGCUUUUACACAAGAAGUUGCUGUUUGGCACAAGCUUGACCAUCCUAAUGUAACCAAGUUUCUUGGUGCAACAAUGGGAACAUCAGACCUACAGAUACAAACGGAAAACGGUCAUAUAGGAAUGCCGAGUAAUCUUUGUUGUGUUGUCGUUGAGUAUUGUCCUGGUGGUGCUUUGAAGUCAUAUCUAAUUAAAAACCGAAGAAGGAAGCUGGCUUUUAAAGUGGUUGUUCAACUAGCUCUUGACCUUGCAAGAGGGUUGAGCUAUCUCCACAUAAAGAAGAUUGUCCAUAGAGAUGUUAAAACUGAAAAUAUGCUUCUAGACAAGUCACGCACGUUGAAAAUCGCUGAUUUUGGGGUAGCUCGUAUUGAAGCUUCGAAUCCUCAUGACAUGACUGGUGAAACUGGAACGCUUGGUUACAUGGCUCCUGAGGUUCUAAAUGGCAGUGCAUACAAUAGAAAAUGCGACGUUUAUAGUUUCGGAAUAUGCUUAUGGGAGAUAUACUGCUGUGACAUGCCAUAUCCUGAUCUCAGUUUCUCAGAAGUAACAUCAGCUGUUGUAAGACAGAAUCUAAGGCCAGAGAUUCCGCGAUGUUGUCCGAGCUCUCUCGCAAAUGUGAUGAAAAGAUGUUGGGAUGCUAAUCCUGAUAAGAGGCCAGAAAUGGAUGAAGUUGUCCUCAUGUUGGAAGCUAUCGACACUUCAAAGGGCGGAGGUAUGAUCCCUCUUGAUCAGCAACAAAGUUGUUUAUGUUUCCGCAAGUAUAGAGGACCUUGA